AAGGAAAUGAGUGUCACGGGGAGUAAACUUCCUGGGUUGGUUUGCAGUAGGUGCAGGAGAGGGCACGGCAGGACUGGGAGAGAUGGGCUUGAAUAACAGACUUCCAGGAGAUUUUUCUGGUGGCGGAAUGCAUUGAGGGCUGGGUUGCUGACAGGCCAGCUUAGACAUCGCCGCCUGCAUAUUGCUACAGAGGCAUCGAUGGCAGGAUAAACGCAGGUUUCAGCUCCGAGAAAGCAAGGCCAUCAGCUGUACAACAAAGCCAGAUACGCCAUCCUGGUUAUAGCUGAUGACACGGCCUCCAUGUUAUGAUGCCAUCACGUACUAAUCUAGCUGCUGGGAUCCCCAGUAGCAAAGUGAAGUACUCCAAGCUCUCCAGUACUGACGAUGGUUAUAUUGACCUGCAGUUCAAGAGGAGCCCACCCAAAAUCCCCUACAAGGCCAUUGCACUAGCCACUGUGCUGUUCAUGAUCGGCACCCUUCUGAUUGUCAUAGGAGCGCUUCUCCUCGCAGGAUACAUUAGCAAAGGAGGAACAGACCGAGCUAUCCCGGUAUUGAUCAUUGGAAUCCUGGUGUUCUUACCAGGCUUUUAUCACUUGCGCAUCGCGUACUAUGCUUCCAAAGGCUACAGAGGUUACUCCUACGAUGACAUUCCAGAUUUUGAUGACUAAAACGCACCCUGGAACCAGGGAGCGUGGCUCAAGUUAUAACGAGCUUCGUGUUAAGGGAUGUUAGUUAACUUGACCCUGGGUAUCAAAGAUGGAACAUGUAAGAACCUAAACUAAGUAGAUUUAUCAGUGGAUGCAAUUUCCUCAUUCUGUAAAUAUUUUAUUGCCAGCUUUUUUGUGUUUACAUGAAUUCGACAGGCACGAUUGCAACAUUAGGUGAAGCAAAGGAUUUACUGUAGGAGGAGCUCUUCUUGUUUCGAAUGGGAGGUUCUUCUUGGGCAAGCCAAGCUGAGCAGUUGCCCAAAGGAGAGAUGAACGGUAUAUAAUUUCAGCAAAAAUAAAAAUGAUUUUUGUCUAAAGAGAUUUAUAUUUCUAAUGGAGAGUGUAUUGUAGAACAUAUAUUGCCUUUCAAAUAGAUCAAAGCUAUAGCAAGGAUCUUUGUGGCAAACAAAUAUAAUACAUCCAAUUUUGCACUGCUGCAUAAUCAUCAAAAUAAUUCCAACGUCAUCAUUCACCAUCAUAGAUUUGCAUCUGGAAUGUUGACCUAUUUGCCAGUCUGAUGCAAAUGGGAGAGGAAAUUGGAUGUGUGCGCCAUGAUUUAGCGUGCAUUUGCCAUACAAGAACCCCUGUCAGGCUGAUAAGUCCACUUACCUGACAAACACAUUCCUUGAGUGCCAGCUGCUUCCCACCCUGCUGUUAAUUUUGCUAAGGCUUGUUGGUCAUCCUUUCAUAAGGACGACUUAAGAUUUUGCUUAAUGAAGGAUUUUAAACAAACUUUGUGGCGAGGCAGGAUGAAGAAUUGAAAGCUGGGCCCUGGACCUGAAUGUUUCAUAUCGUAAAAUUCUGGUUUUGAGUACUGGUGACCAUUAGGGAAGUUCAGAUCCCCUCUUUGCAGACUGGGCUCAUCUGUUUAUAUGUGUAUUUGAGGUCAUUUGGUCCUAGAUUUAGACCCUGUACUGUACAUAAUACCCUAAACAUAUGAAAAGAAAAGCUAUGCUUGGACAGUGCUGCACGUUAUCCGCUUCUAUUGCUCUGUUAGCUGCAUUUUGUCAGAUUAUUCUGGAGAUUCAGAAGAAACGGAGGACAACGGGUAGAUUUCUUCUUGAUGUCAAUAAGAGCGAAGUGGCUUCCGAGGUGUAAUUGAACUGGGUGUCCCAAGAAGCAAGUAUGGAACGAUAAAUUGUAAUGUAAAAUUCAAGCAUAUGCAUUAGUAUGAAUAAACUGCACUAUAGUCGA